AUGACCUGUCAAGCACGGACAUCCUACACAGAGGAUGAAGUUCUGUGGGGCCACCGUUUUUAUCCUGUAAUAUCGCUAGAAGAAGGGUUUUUUAAAGUAGACUACUCACAGUUCCAUGCAACAUUUGAAGUUCCUACUGCACCUUAUAGUGUUAAAGAACAGGAGGAAAUGCUUCUCCUAUCUUCACCAAUUAUAGCACCAGCAGUAGGCAACAACAAAGAAAAAAACUGUUCUGUAGACACUUUGAAUAGUCUGGAUGACAUUAGCACAAAAAUACCUGCGAAGCUCCAGAAAAUGACUGGCAGAGAAGACCUGCCCAGAAAAUUGCUCAGAAUGAGUUCCACCACUUCUGAAAAAGCUUACAGCAUGGGUGACUUGCCAAUGAAACUUCAGCGAAUAAGUUCGGUUCCGGGAAACUCCGAAGAGAAACUGGUCAUUAAGACAACAAAGAUGAUUUCAGAUCCGAUGAGUCAAUCAGUAGCAGAUUUACCGCCAAAGCUUCAAAGAUUGUCUGGUGGUAGGAUGGAUGGAAAUCUGCCACCAAAGUUACGGAAAAUGAAUUCCGAUCGAUUUACAUAACAAAAACAUUUUAGGCAUUAAUUAUAAAAUGGGUUAGAAAAUUAAACCAUGAAAUAUAUAAGGAACCAUACCGAUGUAGCUCGCGAGGAGAUACAAAAGGCAGUCUUUCCCAUGAAGGAAAGCCUAUACUUGGUGGCAGUUUUAAUGGAAGUCUGGACUGUAUUGUAUAUAUAAUGCUUUGAUAAGCGACCUAAUAUGUUUUUACGGUCUUUCUAGAACUGAAGUAAUACUAAUUGGCAUGUAGUAUCACAUCACGCAUGCAAUAAUAGUGUGCAUAUUUUGCAUAUAGUUUUAUGGCAUGACUCUUACUUUAUAUUGUAUAAUCUAAAAAAAAAAGGAAAAAAGGGGCAUUAUUCUCCCCCGCUAUUUUUUAAGACUAGUAAUUCUAUUAUAAGAAAGGUCAACUAUAAGGGCAAAGUUUUUAUUUCAGAUAAUCUAUUAUUUGGAUACAGAUUGUAAAUAUAUGUCUAUUCAAGUAUGUUUCCAAUCAUGUUUUAGGUCUCAAAACAGAAAUUCUAAUUAUAAUAUUGCUGGUUAAUGUUUAUUGUAUGUAUCUGCCAUCCUCAUAUAUACCUGAAUUGAUGUUAAAGUGUUAUAUCUAUCUCAGACAUUGAUGGCAUCAUUGUCAGGUGGCUGUGGGUCCCACUUCUAGGACCCGCUUCUAUCUCCAGAAUGGGGCCCUUGAAGUGAAAGAAAACACACAACACAUGCACGACAUGCUUUCUAUUUGCUGCUAUUGAAUUCUGCAAAAAAGCUGAGCCAGCACGCUUGGUUAUUUUAAGAAGUCCCAAAGUGGUAAACGGAGAGUGCACCGCCCAUGCAUGGACAACUUUCUAUUUACAGGUAUGGGACUGCCAGAAAUAUCCGUGCCAGCAUUAGGCUAUUUUUGAAACUCCCAUAGCAGAGAAUGCAGGGUGGCCACGCUUGAGCAGUGUGGUCUUCUUCACUCCGGGGACCCAUUUUGGAGAUAGGAGCUGGUCCCAGAGGUGUCAUCAAUCUGGCAUUGUUGGUCUAUCCUAGUUUGAGAUGUGAAUAACUCUAUGCAGAAGGCAGUAUAAAUUAGUGACAGACUCUGGUUACAACCCAGGGUCACUGUUUUUUGGACAGUGGUUUUCUUAAAAUCACUGUUGAGCAGUGUGUUCUGGAAGUUGGGUUUCUUAGGAGUCAUUGUGUUCAUUAGCUACUGGCUAACACUCCCCAAAGCCACUGAUUGAAAUACUUCUCCCUAUACACAGUAUACCAAUCAUCCUCAAUUGGGAGAGGGAGGUGCAGCUCAUGAACAUUUGGACUCCAGUGCUUAGGUCCUACUGGGACUUCUCACUGGCCAAAAAUUACUAACUGACUCUACAUUGUAAUCAGAUUCUCUGUGACCUGCUUAUUCUGCCUUCAGAUAGGGCAGCAUGUAACUAGUGACAGAUUCCCUUUCAGGUCUUAUUACCAUGGCAGGGAUGUAUGUACGUGGAGCUGUUGGCAUGCCAUGAACCACAGUAUGGUUUCUUUCUAUGAUAUUUUUGCUUAGAAGCAUUGCUUCAAUGGAAGAAUGGCUCUGAAAUCUGGAAUCUGAUGGAGCAUGCCUCAAUUUGUUUCCGGUCAGAUUCCUAAGGAAGUCUAUGGGCUCCUCAUUAUGGUGCCGUACAACUAAGUUGUUGAGUCUUAAUAUAGUCAUGUACAGGAUGCCUAACACUAAAAAGCACAAUGGGUCAAAGACCACACAUAAUUACUACAUAUAAAAAGGGCAGUUAUAUCAGAAAAGAUGUUGAUGCUAAAAACAUUUUCAAUUGUUGCAAAAAUGUUUUUUUUAAUCAAUUUAAUAUCUGAUUUAAUUUAAAUUCAUAUUGUCCAUGUCAACUGGUGCACAUUGUUUGUUCUAGAAAAAUGUUCAUUAUUUUCUUCUUUUUUUUUUAGUUAGCAACUUAAGCUUAGACGGACAAAAUCUGAUUAAUUAGAAUUUCUGUUUUAAUGAUGUCCUCUGGUCUUUUCAUUUCUCCUGGACUGAUUACACAUUUUACAUGUUUAAAUUCAUUUCCCCCCUAAAAAAAAGUAAAAAUAUUUAAUACUUAAAAAGUGAUCUCUUAUUAUGACAUGAAUUUUUCAUAACUGUCUGAUUUGAUAAGUUAUAGCUAUGAUGUUUUAGCUCAAUUUUUAGCAUUUUUUUUCCAGUUUGUAUUCAAAUGUUAUAUAGCUACACAGUAUGUAAAAAUAUAGUACUCUAUAUAUUUUAGCUCUGCCCUUAAAAUACAUUGGGCUGUAAAAAGCCAUAACAAAAUUUUAUAAACUAUUACAUUUUAAUGUUAUUUUUUUGCCUUUCCUUAAAAGAAUAGAUACAGUAUCAAUCUCCCCGUGGGGAUUUUUCACAUUUUAAUUCGGUUUUCCGCUAUAAUGUAUGACGUCAGUGUGAUUCUUCAAAAACAAGCUUAAAUAUGGAUGCUCUGAAUAUUGCUAAUCUUAGGUAUAAAUUAUUAUAUCUAUUCGGACAUUACUAUAUUAUGCAGUUUUAUAUACUUAGAUACUAUUGUGCGCUUUUGUACUGUAAAAUUUAAAACAGAAACCUUGCAUAAUUGCAAAAUGACAAUGAUACAUUUAUAAAAAAUAUAUAUAUUCAUUUUUGGUCAAUAGAAUGCAAAAAUUGCAAAAAAAAUUAUAAAAAUAAAAAAAUUAUAAAAUAGUUUGAAUUCACACUAAUAUACCAUACACAAAAAAAUGUAUUUAAAAACUGCACCACAUGUAAACUUAGAUUUUUUUUUACACCUUAAGUAGUGUUUUUUUUUUCUCUCAUAGCAUGUUAAGCAUUCGCAGGUAUUUAAGAGUGCUAGGACAGCGUAUUGCUCAAGUUCAUGGGUAGAAUGGACUUUCCUUAUUCACAUCCCCCAGUAUUCUUCAACCUGUUGCUCUCUAGCUGUAUCAGAUCUAUAAUUUCCAGCUUAUGGCUAUCAGACCAUGCUGGGAGUUGUAGUUUUUUCAACAGCUGGAGGGCUAAAAAUAGUUUGAAAAAUGUAAAAUCUUCUUUGAGCUAGAUUUUACAGUAGACAUACUGUAUAGGUAUAAUAUAUAUAAGAGUUUACUCUGUAAAUUGUCUUAAAGAUCUUUAGCUACAGUAUGUAUUCACCAUAUAUAUCCAGAGCUGAAAUAACAAUUGAAGAGGAUCCUGAAUGAACCUCUUCUGGUCUGGUGUCUGUUCAAACCAUUCUGGAAACCAUUGUUCUUACAGUAGUCUGAUUUUAAAAAUAAUAAUGAUAAUACAUUUCAUAGAAGCACCAAAAUCAACAAUGUAAAAUCUACAUGUCAAACAUGCGGAUUUCAUUGAGGAUUUGCUUGUACUGUAGACUGACUUGAUGUUUGAAUUCACUCUUAAAGGGGUUGUGCCACCAUUAAAUGUUACUUUGAUCAUUUUAGCAUGAAAAACUAAUAUUUUUUGUAAUUUAUUUCAUUUUCAAGAAAUGCUCCAUUUGUGAGAUAUUCUGUUGACGUUGUUAUAAUGGUGCCCCCUGGUGUUCAAUCUGUAUAUGUCCACCUACUGAGGUGGCUGCACAUGCUUAGUUCCAUCCUUCAACUGCUGCCAGAUCCACUGUAAGAAGCUGUGACAGUUACCUAAAAUAGCUGUCAGAUGAAUGCUUGGUUGGCCAAAAAUUCUUCCUUCUCACCCUCCCAGACACAGGUACACCUAACUCAGUCAAGCACACAUGUGUUCUCAAUAGGAAGAGGGUAAGAAGCCGCUACCAGUCAAUUCUGUGGUGGCUCAUGUCACUAGAGAACAAAGGAUCAAGCAUGUUGAAAUCCAAAAUGCCCAACCCUUAUAAGUCCUGUUCAGGGAGGUUCUCAUGCAACAUCCAUGAAAUAGACAGAUAAAGUGUAUAGAGCUAUAAUACAAACAUCUGAAUAAGUUCUCCCUGCUAUCAUAGGUAACACAAAGUGUUUGCAAAGUAACUCAAAUGUAAAAGUAAACCGUGAAGACAGUAACUCUAACCCUACAGGCUAUGGCUAAAAUUAUGCCAUAUUAGUUUUUUUAUAAAAAAAAAAAAAAAGGUUACUUAGCAGAACUAAAAGUAAUCAUGACACAUAUGUCACAGUCAUUGAAAAGGUUGAUUAGCAUUUUCUUGCCAUUGUUUAUUUAAAGCGUACCUAACCAUUUGACAGACUUUGCAAUAAUCAAUAGCAAAGUGUGCGUACAUGACAAAUGACAUUAUUUCUGGCCAUUAUAUUACUUGCAUCUGACAUUUUUUGCGGUUUUCCCCUGUGCAUGCUGAAUAUCUAGUUUGCAGUUCUCAGACAUAAGGGGUGGAGGCUAGUUGCCAUCCACUGCACACAGAAAGCAGAGGAGAAUCUGCUUCCUAACCAUCUCUUAUGCAGUCAGAAUCAGCUCCAUAAUCAGGGAGGAUAUUACAGAGGGGUACUGAGCUGUAUGGUUGUGACUAAAGCAAUUAGGAAGCUUAUAUCUCAGCCCACGCAGCUUCAGCAGUCUGCUUGUCUUUGUGUACUUCUGCUCAUCCCUCCCCUCCCCUCUCCAUAGACUUGUAUCGACAUGUGUAAUAUGAUCCUCCUGCAGAGCUACUCCCAUAUAGAAUGGGAUUAAGGAAUUUUCCAAAGUGAAAAGUAGGGAGGGGGGGCGUGGUUGAAAUAAACAGCUGAUAACAGGAGAACUAGACAUUUCUUACUGAUAAGACAUAUUACAAAGUUUCUUGUGGUCGCUUGUACUAUUGAUUUAUGUAAAGUUGUAUGAAACGUUAGUAACCACUUAACACUUUAAGAGUGAAUAUGAGAUUUGCUACACGUGUAUGUUUCACAGGACGCAAUAACUACAUUAUGUAAUUUACAGUGAAAUCUGUCAAAAUAACUAUCUUAAGGCUCCCUCUUUCCUCUCCUGACCAAUUUUCUAAGCUAAUUUAUGGUCAAGAUUUAAGGUUGAAACUUGAUUGAUAAUUAAUCAGCUUAGAAGAUCAUCCAAAAGAGGAGACAGAGGAGAGGGAGAAACAGUCAGUCUUGACAGCUUUAUCACAGAAAGCAUUUUGCACCCGCUAUGUACUGUGAAACAUAAAAGCUGCAGAAUCCAAUAUGAAGCAAAAUGUUUAAGAAAAAUUCUUCUGUAUUACCAAAAUGUUUAGUUUUGUUUUUUUUUGCCCAAAAUACAUGCAAAUCAAUUGUAGCUCUCCAGUGUAAUGAAAGACUAAGGAAAAAAAGAAGCAAUGGAUAUUUACUAAUACGAGGACAACUCUUGAGUUAGGGUAUAUUUUCGAUCAAACAUUGUUCAGGAUUUGAGUUUCAAUUAUUUAUCAUAUCUUCUUUAGAGCAGAACAGAGGAAAUUCAUUGAUGCUACCAUAAGGGAAUGAGAUCUAUGAAUCUUUAGUCAAAGUGAUCUCGGGAACUCAGGAACACAGAGAUAUAUGUAUAUCUAAAAGCUUAUUUAUUCAUGUUGUGUAUACCGAUACUCACAGAUACGCAUCUAAUUAUUUUACUAUGUAGUUUUUAUCACAUAGGCACUGGGUGCAAUUUAUUUUAUAUAUAUUUUUGUGUUUUUCUUUUUUUUUACAGCGUGCUUGUUUUUGUUAAAAGGGAUUUUUCAGCCCCUGAAAAAGUUAUACUAUGUUUAUGGAUGGAAAUAACAAAUGUUUGCACUUACCUUUUGAAUCUCCAACUGCUCCAAUGUUAAUGGCUUCCUCAAUCCCUGAAAACCUUUCCUAAGGCUACUUUCACAUUUGCGUUUUUUUGCUGGAUCCGUCAUGGAUCAGCAAAAAAGCUUUGGUUAGGAUAAUCCGUUAUGAAUAGAUCCGGGUGUAUUAUCUCUAAAAAGACUAAUCCGGCACUAAAAUCAUUGUAAGUCAACAGGUGCCGGAUCCGUUUUCUUUUGUGUCCAAGAAAACAGAUCCGGCACUAUUGACUUACAUUGUGUUUCAUGCUGGAUCUUUCUUAGUCUGUAUCCCAUGGCGCACUCAAAAACGCUGCUUUUAGCACUUUUAUGUGCGUCAUGGGAAUGCAAUGAAACGGAAUGGAAUGCAUUCUGGAGCACUCUGUUCUGUUCAGUUGCGUCUCCUUUGACAAUGAAUGGGGAAAAAACUGAAGCGUUUUCCUCCAGUUUUGAGAUCCUAUGACAGAUCUCAAAAUGUAAAAGGAAACGCAGAUGUUAAAGUAGCCUAACUCUGCUGACUUGAUAAUGUCUGUCCUUCACGGCAGCAAUUCCUUGGCUACAGUGUUAGUUUGUUGACUACAAUGUAUUAGUGGCAAACUUUACCACCACUCAACCCAAGCUAAUAUUUUGGGCCCCAGAGAUUAGGGGUCCUUCUGCUAGGCAUAAGCAGUUGUUAAAAAAACUAAUCUCAAGGUGCGUACAUACCACCUGUGUAGCCAGUUCAGCUGCAUAGUGGCUCAGCGGUUGAGCUGUAGAACAGUAGCAAAAGUGCGCAUGCUGCGCUGCUAAGCAGAGAGUGGGGCACAGCAGUGUGAUGGGGUGGGGUAGAGUGGUGCAAUGGGGCAAAGCUUAGCAGGGUGAUGGGGUAGAGCUUAGCAUGACAGUGGAACCGAAUAUGACAAAUCCUCUCCUGAUUGUAGUCACUUCUAUGGCAAGCAAAUGAAGAAGAUCAUCAUUGUAGAGAACGGCUGACAUGGGAGUGGUAGUAGAUUUGAAAGGCAAAUGCAACUUUUUUAUUAUUAUAACCAAAAUAUUUUAAAAAAUGUAGGAGGCUGAAAAAACCUCUUUUUAUUACAGAUUAAUCUAUAUUGAGGCUCUUUAUGCUAAUGUUAUGUCAAAUUUAAAGGAACACUCCAAGCAAAGCUGGUUCUGUGUUAUGCCUAGUGCAGGGCCUAAGGGGCAUUUCUUGAAAUCUUUGUCCCUCCGUGCCCUGGACUAGGUACAAUGUAUAAGUGUUAACCUUUAGGGUGCUCCUUUUGAACACUAUAACAUUAGUAAAAUAGUACUGUAUUCUCUUUCCAGGAAAACACUUACCUACAAAGGAGUUAUGGUCAUUUGAAAUAUAUUUUAACAUAUAAGAUGGUCCUCUAAACUCAUGGUCACAAACCUACUAUGUCUGUUCAUGUUGGACAGGGUAAGAAGUUACUUGUUCAUGCUUUAGUGUUUCGAUGAUAUUUCUUGCAUUUAGAACCACCCGUUGAUCAUCUACAAGGUUAGAACACAAUAUAAAACGUAUACUUGAAAAAUGUACACCCAAUAAAUUAUCUGUAUUCAGAAUCUUGCCGUGUUUUUUUUUUUUUUUAUGGUUGGUUGACUCUUAAUUGAAAGGGACUGUCGAUCUACAGUGAAGAAUUUCUUCUACUGGUUCACCUGCAGUCAAUCUAACGCUAUGGUCUCUAAUAUGUACUGUAGCCUUUAAGCUGUUGCAAAACUACAACUCUUAUUCUGCUUUGACUACCUGCAAAAAUGCUUGCUGGAAGCUGUAGUUCCCCCAUAGGUUGGAGAGUGUUGUUCUAGACCCCUGACAUAUAGAUUUAUACAGUAUGAGCUAAGCUGAUUAUAAAGAGGUUAGUAAUUUUUUUGUUACAGUUACAUGCAAUUCCAAAAAUAUUCAGAUCCAGGGGCCUGUUUGAAAAAUGUACAAUAUGCUUUAUGACACACCGUAACAUUUUUACAACACAGCUUGGUCUUUGUCCAAGACUUCUAUAUUAAUAAAAGAUUCCUGAACAAUUUGUAAGAGAUUAGAGAAAAAGGUUUUGGUUUUUUUUUGUCCAGAAAUACUGACACUCUUGUCCAUGGGCCAUGUUUAACAUUGUCAUAUUGCAUCUCAGCUACAUUUAGUUGAAUGGGGAUCACCUGCAAUACCAGAUAUGACCCAUCGUGCUGGUUCUGGAAAAAUGAUUAUUUUUUCCCUCUAGUUUCAGAUAAACCUUCAAAGAGGUUCUCCAAGAUUAUUAUACUGAUAGGACUAAAUAGAAGCAGGGUGACAGUGACCCAUUUUAUUCUGGAGGGAGCUUUGUAGUUCUGGCCCCUAUUCCCGGCCUUGGAGCUACUGAAGAACAGAUAAUCACAGGAGGGGCCAGAGGGGGGGCCCAAAUAUGGAUGGCUUAUCCUAACCACAGGCCAUCAAUAAAAAGAUCUCAGAGAACCCCUUUAACUUUACACUACUGGGGCCACUAGAAGGCUUGCUCCAUGCAUUUGUGAGGCUUAAAGGUGAAGUUAAUCUGCAAACAUUUUACAUAAUGGCUUAAACGUUGAUUAAUGGAAUAAAAUUAGCUUAUUAUUUAUUUGACCAAACUAGUGCAACAAUAUCAACCAAUUAUAUUCUAGAUCUCAUUUUUCAUAUGUUGCUUACCAACAGUAGAGGAAGCUAUCUUGGUGCCCCAGGAAGGGGUUUCAAAAAUUGACCCCCUCAUCCCUAAAAUUUGGAAUGAAUUAAAUUACCUCCUGUCACCACCCUUCUCCUAUCAUUCCCUAGUGUUCUAACCAUUGUUAUCCAAUUCUAUCCCUUCCACACAUAAGCAGUGCAAACCAGUUGGCCAUCCUGGCACAUAUUUGUACAAGGUCUUCAUUUGGAUCCAUGCUUUUAUUAUAUCUUUCAGUUCGUCCCACUACCUCUCUUGGAACCCCUGGUGACUGCCUCCCUGCAGCCCUGCCCCUGAAUAACUAUUACCAGCUUUCUACUCUUAAUUUGACAAGUACAACUAAAAAAUAAUAAUAUUCUUUUGAUUGCAAUUGUGGUCUUCAGUUUGGCUGCAAAUAAAUACAAUUUCCCUAUGUACCUUUAGCCAAAAAAGACAUGACCGGCUAAUUGUGAAAAUCAUAUACUCAGAAAUAAAAACCUUUAAGAAAACACUUCCUGCAGGCAGACACUCCCUUUGCCAAUUUGUCAAUGAUCUGGUUUAAAUUUUUAUUUUAAGGACUUAAAGGGGUUCCACGAGAGUUUUAUACUGAUGAAAUAUCCUCUGGAUAGGUCAUCAGUAUUUGAUUGGUGGGGGUCUGA